AUGGCCGCCUCCACCGCCCAGUGCCGAGUGACAAAAGCGGAGAGCAAGGCGGCGGUGGGGCCGCGCGCGGGGGGUGCCCGGGAGCGCGCGACCACGGGGGCGCCCUCGCCAAGUUCCCCGAGUCCAGGCCCGGUGGUUCUCCCGGCGCCGCUGCCUUCGCGGGACGGGCCCAAGGCCGAGCCGGAGCAGGGUCCCAGGCCCGUGCCCGCGCCGGGCCUUUGUUCUGAGGAAAACACAAUGGUGGCCAUGGAAUUGGGGUCUCCCUUACUCCCAAAGAAGAGCUUGCCUGUCUCUGGGACCCUGGAGCCCAUGGCCAGUCAGCUGAGCAGCAAAGUGGCUGCAGAGGUUCCUCAUGGCAGCAAACAGGAGCUCCCAGACCUCAAGGCCCAGAGCCUGACCACCUGUGAGGUCUGCGGUGCCUGCUUUGAGACACGAAAGGGCCUGUCCAGCCACGCGCGCUCCCACCUCCGCCAGAUGGGUGUGACUGAGUGGUCUGUGAACGGCUCACCCAUUGACACACUGCGGGAGAUCCUGAAGAGACGGACCCAAUCCAGGCCAGGUGGACACCUCCACCCACCAGGGCCUAGCCCAAAAGCCCUAGCCAAGGUGGUGGGUAGCGGAGGUCUUGGCAGCUCACCAGAAGCCCGCAGUCCCUCGGAUCGUCACAUUUCACCCCUGGCCAAGAAGUUGCCACCGCCACCGGGCAGUCCCCUGGGCCACUCACCAACUGCUUCUCCUCCUCCCACGGCCCGGAAGAUGUUCUCAGGCCUUGCUACUCCUUCCUUGCCCAAGAAACUGAAACCUGAACAAAUGAGAGUGGAGAUCAAGCGGGAAAUGUUGCCAGGGGCCCUGCAUGGGGAGCCACACCUUUCUGAGGGUCCCUGGGGCACGCCUCGAGAAGAUAUGGCACCUUUGAGCCUAUCAUCCAGGGCAGAGCCAGUACGUGACAUCCGUUGCGAGUUCUGUGGUGAGUUCUUCAAGAACCGCAAGGGCCUUUCCAGCCACGCUCGCUCCCACCUGCGCCAGAUGGGUGUGACUGAGUGGUCUGUCAAUGGCUCACCUAUUGACACACUUCUAGAGAUCCUGAAGAAGAAGUCCAAGCUGCGCCUCAUCAAGAAAGAGCCUCCAGCUGGAGACCUGGCUCCUGCUCUGGCUGAGGAUGGCUCCCCGACAGCAGCUCCUGGGGCUAUGCAUUCCCCACUGCCUCUGUCACCCCUGGCUAGCCGGCCUGGAAAACCAGGAGCUGGGCCGGCCCAGGUUCCCCUGGAGCUUAGCCUGUCGCCCAUCACGGGGGCUAAGCCUUCUACCACCAGCUACCUGGGCCCAGCAGCAACCAAACGGCCCCUACAGGAGGAUCGCGUCCUCCCUGCAGAUGUCAAGGCCAAGACCUACGUCCAUACUGAACUGCCCUUCAAGGCAAAGACUCUCCAUGAGAAGACCUCCCACUCCUCCACUGAGGCCUGCUGUGAGCUCUGUGGCCUUUACUUUGAAAACCGCAAAGCCCUAGCCAGCCAUGCGGCGGCACACCUUCGGCAGUUCGGUGUGACAGAGUGGCGGGUCAACGUCUCUCCCAUCGAGACGCUGAGUGAGUGGAUCAAACACCGGCCCCAGAAAGUGGGUGCCUACCAAAGCUACAUCCAGAGUGGCCGCCCCUUUACCAAGAAGUUCUGCAGUGCUGGCCAUGACAGUGACAAACGGCCACCCCUGGGGUUGACACCUGGGGGCCUGUCCUGGGUUGGCCGAAGUGCUGGGGAGGAACUGAGGCCUGAGGCUGGCAGGGCAGCUGACAGUGGUGAACGGCCUCUGGCAACCAGACCACCCAGGACCUUGAAGUCAGAGGAGCACCAACGGCAAAAUAUCAACAAGUUUGAACGCAGACAAGCCGGCCCACCAGAUGCCUCUGCAGCUCGGGGUGGUGAGGAUACCAAUGACCUGCAACAGAAGCUGGAAGAGGUGCGGCAGCCCCGACUCCGGGUCCGGCCAGUCCCCUUCCUGGUGCCUCGCCCCCCACAGACAUCACUGGUCAAGUUUGUGGGCAACAUCUAUACCCUCAAGUGCAGGUUCUGUGAAGUGGAAUUCCAGGGCCCACUCUCCAUCCAGGAAGAGUGGGUGCGGCAUUUACAGCGGCACAUCCUGGAGAUGAACUUCUCCAAAGCAGACCCUCUGCCCGAGGAGCCCCAGGCCCCACCACAGACAGCAGCUGUAGAGGCGCCCUAA